AUGGUAGCGUGGUCCCUGCUCGCUACCAUCGUCGAAAGCGUCGAGCUUGCCGCCGACGUUGACAACGACCUCCUGUUCCUGGUCUGGGACAACCCCCUGUUCUCGGGCUCGCUCGUGGACUACGCGACAAUCUGCCCAACGGUUUUCAGCGCCCUCGUCCUCGCUGCAUACGCCAUGUGCAGCGGUUCCAGCACCGUCGACCUGCUUGUGCGUGCCUCCCGUGGUGUCAUCCGUGGCAUCACGGGCUCGCCAUUCUGGCACGCACUCGUCAAGGGAGACCUGCUGGGGUUGGUAGUCCUCGCUCUGGGGACUACCUUCGACAUGACGCUGUCGCUGGUCCGUCCUCAAUGGGCCGACCGCAUAUACGCCGAUCUUGCCAUCCAUCAGGAUGUGCCAGUCGUCGUCGCGGUUCUCCUUCCGUCCGCGCUUAUGGUAGGCUGCUUAAUUGCAGCUCCAUCAUUGCUUGCCUACGGGUCCGGAAUGCUUGGUGUAUUCAUGGACAACUCCGGUGCGCAGUCCCCAAGAUGCCACAAUCUUGAAUACCUAGGCGUUCCGGUCCCGUACUCCGGGCAACGCGAUGUCGCUUUCCGACGUCUCUUUUGCGAGGGAGAGCUCGCCGGAUUCGAACUCGCGGAAUGGUGGGAGGAAUUUGUAGAGACCCAGCUCUAUAACUGGGAGAUGUUCCAACUCGUUGCCUUUACCACGGUAUUGGCUGUCGUUGCCAUCUUUUUCAUUGCGGAAUGGGCCUUCAUCGAAAUCCAGCGUGACAGCACCUGUGUCGCCUGGCUCGACACCCUAACCUCCGCCCCAACGACAGACAAUGGCGAUACCGUUGCCAACGAAGUUGGAACACCCGUCGAAUCCCGGCCAUCUGGCACCCAUCACAGCGCCGACCAGAUCACCGUCAGCACGACCAAGGAUGCCGCCACCAGCACUGACGCCGACAACAACCUGGCUGUGAUGGACCAGAUGGCGUCCCGUAUCAGGGACCUCGAGCGUGUCAACAGCACUUCAACCACGACUGUCACUCGCCUCCAGGCUGAGACCUACGACUUGGCCUACGAACUGAUGACCAAGAACCAGUCUCUGUUGACCACGCAAGAGGAAUGUGCCAACCUUGAGUCACUCCUGGCCCAGCAAAGAGAGCUGCAAAACACCAAUGAGGCCAGGAUGACGAACCUGCAGCGGCAAAUAGCAGCUCUCGUAUCAUCCAACAACGCUCUACAGGAGCAGGUUGCUGCACAGUCCCUGCAACUUCAAAAACAAGCGGCCCAACAGCUUGUUGCGGCAACCAUUGUCACGCCGGUCGAAGCACCGGUUGUCACCACUCCCGUCCAGGAGUUGGAGGCACCAGUCGCCGAGGCUUCCGUGAUGAUGGUCGAUUCCCGGCCACAGCCAACCGAGUACCACCACCACCACUACCACCAUGAGGCCCUGCGUUCCGACAAACACCUGGCGGCGCUGCUCAGACGCCAACUCCAGCAAGCACGCCGCCAGAGACGCAACCUCAUCGCCGGGAACUCGAAAUGCCGCGAGCAGCUGUCCGCUAAGGAACGCGCCACGGACGAUGCGGCCAUGGCUCUGGAGGCCGAGCAGAAAGCUGUCAGCCAACUGAAGGAGCGCAACGAGGCCCAACUUCGAACGAUUGCCGCUCUGGAAAUGGAAAACAACGAGCGGGAUGCCGAAGUCGCUGACUUCGAGAAACAGCACGAUGCAUACGUGGCUGACCUCAAGCAGCGACUUGCGGACCAGACCGCCGUUGUUGAAAGUUUCUGGGGCAAGGCGCGGGAGAAGGACGGCCAAAUUGCCGCACUGGAGGAAAAGCUGCGCAGCCAAAGCGAAGCCAUCCAGGACAAGGACUCUAAAGUCGACGUGACAGAGUCCAUGAUAGAAAUCAGAGGCUCAGGAAGAGCAGGACCCCUCUCUCUCUCAGAGCUCGAGCAGAGCAAACAGAAGCUCGAGCAGACCACAAAGGACUACAAUGUCCAGAGAGCGCAGGUUCUCAAAAAUGCCAACACCAUUGAGAAACUGCGCCGCCGGGUUCAGCAAGAGGGACAAGCAACCCAAGGAGGCCAGCCAGUCCCUCGAGGAGCACCACAGCCAACUAACGAGGAGCCGCGCGAGAAGCCGGCUGCCUCUGGUGCUUCUCAACCUCCUCCAGCCUCUUCCUGA